CAUUACACAAAAUUAACAAGCUCCAAUUAAUGCCAUCCUUGGAUAUUGUUUGUCCUCGGCCAGGAACCUUGUCCUCUUUCAUAAUUUCUGCUCGGCAAAAGCUUUCGACAGACACCGCCAUCUUCUCACAUUUUUUUUCUUAGUUCAUCGAAUUCUGUCGUUGCCACUUCGCCUCCGAAACAGGGGAGUUCGGAGUUGUCAUCCAGGGGCGCCAGCAGGAUUCUCACACUGCAAAAUUUCCAAGAUUUCUGUAGAGGAGUAGUGGGGAUGCGGAAGAUCACUUCUUUAUCGUUUCUUCUCCUCGUAAAUCUCCUUCUCCAGCGUGCGUCGGCCGAAACAGAGAGCUCCGUCGCUCCAAUGGACAAGGCGGAGAAGGAAGCACUGUACUCGGUGAUCCAAGACUUGGUGGGCGUACGGUGGAACGGCUCGGAUCUUUACCCUGAUCCCUGUGGAUGGACUCAGAUACAGGGAGUUUCAUGCGACCUGUUUGAUGGGCUGUGGUACGUCACUUCCUUGAACGUCGGGCCAAUUCUCGACAAUUCCCUCGAGUGUUCGUCCGAUGCCAAGUUCAAUCCAAAGCUGUUCCAUCUCCAGCAUCUCAAGAGCCUCUCCGUCUCUGACUGCUUCUCCUCUCGCCGCCGACCGCUCACCAUUCCAUCAAGCAACUGGGAGAGACUAGCUCCGACCUUGGAGAGCCUAGAGCUCCGGUCGAAUCGCGGACUCGCCGGCCAAAUUCCGGCCAAUUUGGGUCAGCUCGGCAACCUCAACUCCCUAGUUCUGGCGGAUAACGCAUUGACCGGCGAGCUGCCGGUGGCACUCGCCGGCUUGGUUCAUCUGAAGAGGCUGAUGCUCUCCCUGAAUAAGUUCUCAGGCCGAGUUCCUGCUCCUCUGUUCGCCGGCAUGGCGCAGCUCUUGAUCUUGGACCUCAGCGGCAAUUACUUGACAGGUCCUCUGCCUUCCUCCCUCGCCAAUCUCAGUUCCCUCCUGAAGCUUGACCUCAGCAACAACCAGUUCCAGGGAAGCCUUCCACCGGAGCUUCGAAAGUUGACGCGCCUCUCCCUACUAGACCUCAGGAACAACUCCUUAUCCGGCGAACUGCCGAGAUUAGAGUCGCUUCAGGAUUUGCUCCUGGCUUACAAUCCGUGGGGAGGAAACCUCUUGGAAUUCGAGUGGGCGAACUUGCAGAACCUCUCCACUUUGUAUCUAUCUCACAUGGGCUUGCGCGGCGCAAUCCCAGACGCCAUUACAAGCCUGAAGAGAUUGAGGUACCUCGCGCUGGACGGGAACCAGCUCAGUGGCGGCGUCUCUGCUAAAUUCUCACAUCUGCCUUAUCUCACUGCGCUGUACCUCAACGGCAACAACUUGAGCGGGCAGCUGGAGUUCCCCGGAGGAUUCUACGAGAGGAUGGGGAAGAGAUUCGCCUCCUGGAACAAUCCAAACCUGUGUUACAGUACGGCUUUGGCCAUCGCCUCAGGGAUCAAUGCACCUUGCGGCGUGCCACGAUGCGAGCGAGAUCAACAACACUCAACUGAAGAGUUCAAAUCCAAUCAAGUGACAGAGAAUGGCAGUCCGGAGGAGCAUUCUGCGUUAUGGCGGGGAAUCAUCAUUUUGGUCGUGUUGUUGUAGAAUUGUGAAGAAGCAGGGUGGUGGAUUAGUCAUAUGGGUUUAGCUAAUUUUUCUGGGGAAAACUGAUGAGUCUGAUAAAUCUGUUGGAAGAUUUGUUUGAUAUAUAGCCUUUUUUUUUUUUACCUUGUGUCAGAAGUGUUGAUUAACAGAAGAUGCUAGCUAUCAGAAGCCUAUAGCUGCUGUCAAUUAA